AUGUCGCUCCCCGCCACGUGGCGGCAGCUCCAGCUCUUUGACUUUGUGCCCGUGCGCGACCCGCGCUUCCGCUCCGCCGAGCCGCUCUUCUCCGACCCGCAGCUCACGGCCAUAGCCGCCGUCCAAGACUGGCUUGUUUUUGCCGCCGGCAGCCACGUCACGCUCCUCGACAGAACGCUGUUCGAGCCCGUGCAGCGGUUUUCCGCGUACGCUCCGGAGUACACGCUCACGUUCUUGCGCCCCGUGCCGCGCCUGGCGAUCGUGGUCACCGUGGCAGAGAAACACGGCGCGCCCGCCGUCUUAAAGGUGUGGGACCUCCACAAAGUCGCGGGCUUGGACGCCGCGGCGGCCGCGGACGCAGACGCCAUGCGCCACCGGUACAUUGCCGAGGUCCGCAUACAGGCCGGCGGCGGCGGCGCGCCGCUCAGCGCCGUUCUGUUCAACGACAGCCUCACGUGCGUGGCCGUGGGCUCCGCCGCCGGCAGCGUGGUGCUCGUGCGCGGCGAGUUGCUCCGCGACCGCGGCGCCAAGCAGCGGCUCGUGUACGCGGGCGCGGACCCCGUGACGGGCGUGGCGUUCCACCGCUCGGAUGAGCUUUUGUACGUGGCCACGACCUCGCGCGUGUUCACGCUUCUGGCCUCGGGCCGCAACCGCGGCCAGCCGCUCCGCGUGCUCUCCACGGACACGGGGGCCGCCGUGGGCGCCAUGGCGCUCGACGCGCGCGACUCGCGGCUCCUUGUGGCGUCCCUGGACGGCUUCGCGUACUACAGCCCCGUGGGCCGCGCGCAGCUGGUGGCGUUCGCCGUGCCCAAGCGGCAGCUCCUCCGGCUCUUCCGCGACUACUUGUUGGUCGUUUGCCCGCCCGCCGACGCCCCGCUGGGCGCGGCGAAACCCGCGCGUGUGCUCAUCUUGGACAUGCGCAACACGCACGUGGCCUUCAGCCUCGCGCUCCCGGGGCUGGCCGUGGCGCACGUGUUCCCCGCCGCCGCCGGCCGCGAGGCCUAUGUGCUCGCCACGGACGGCGUGCUUUACCGGCUCGCGGAAAAACCGCUCAACCAGCAGGUCGAGGCCGUGCUCCAGCGGCAGCUCUACCCAAUCGCCCUUGCCCUUGCCCAGCAGCACGGCUUGGACGCGGCCACCAUCUUGCGCAUCAACCGGCUCCACGCAGAGAGCCUUUGCGACAAGCUGGACUACGCGUCCGCCACGCAGAAAUACUGCGACUGCUUGGCGAGCUUUGCCGGCUCGCCCGCGGGCCCGGUGCGCGACGGCUUGGACGACUUCGUCAUUGACGUGGUCACCCGCUUCAAGGCGGUCUCGCACAUCCAUCACAUGACCACGUUCUUGGCCCGCCUCCACGAGUUGCGCCUCGCCGACGGCGACCACUUGACGUUGUUGCUCUGUUGCUACUGCAAGUUGAACAUGGCCCCCGAGCUUGAUGCCUUCAUCGCAGGCUUCGACUUGGGCCCCGACCUGGGCGCGCCGCUCCCGGACUCUGGCAAGCUCAACUUUCUGCUCGUUGUGAACUUACUCCGGGAGUGCGGCUACUUUUCCCAGGCCAUCUUGCUCUUGUACAAGCUCAACCACCCGCGCGUGAUUGCUGAGGUCCAGUUGAACGAUUUGCACGACUACCCAGCGUGCUUGUCCUACAUUCAGACGCUUCCGGUCAAUGAGCUUCUCGCCAUCCUCAUCGACUACCUGAAGAAAUUGCUCGAUGUCAUGCCGCUCGAGACCACGAAGCUUCUCAUCGACGUGUUCACGGGGAAAUACCGGCCUGCCGCCACCCACUCGCUCUUUUCCUCAGACAAAAUUCUCCCUGAGGACCCUCCUGAGAAAAACGUGGAGGAAACAUCAUCCUACGUCCCUUCCUAUACUGCCAUACUUGGGUACCUCUCCAAUACCUUGAAGCAAGACGACAUAGAGUCUGCGCUGGAAGAAACUACUGUCCAAGAACCCACAUAUUUGCCCCCUCGCCCCAGCUUGGUCUACUCAUGCUUCAUUGAUCAUUCCAGAGAGUUUGUGGUAUUCCUUGAGGCGUGCCACGAAACUUUCGAAAUGUACCAGGGCAGCACCCAGGAAAGGGAGGAUUUGAUCAUGACCCUCUUUGAAAUGUAUUGCUCAAUUUCAGCAGAACAAACCGACGAAAACGAACUUUGGGCGGGGAAAGCCACAAGUUUCCUCGAAGAACAAGUCGAAAUGAUCGAUAAAACAAAGGCAUUGAUGAUCGCCCAUAUGUAUGGCUUGCAGAUAAAUGACGUUUUCGUUAAGGCAAAGGUCGCGGGUGCUGAUGAAAACGCAUUUAGGUUUGCCCAGAACAAUGGCGACAUCGACAAGGCGUUCCAGAUUGUGAGAGAGUUUGGCGAAAGCAAGCCAGCUUUUUACACAAAAAUGCUCAGGUUUGUAGCUUCGUCUAAGGAGAUCUUUCAGAAGGCCUCGCGCAAGGAUUUUCAGUAUCUACUUGAUAAGAUCACCCAACAUAAGCUCGCCACGCCUCUUGAAGUUCUUAAGAUCCUCAGCUCAAAUGAGUGCUCAUCUGUUGGCAUAGUAAAAGAUUACUUGAUCGACUACUUCGGCAAUGUCAACAAAGAAAUUAAAAAUAACGAGAAGCUCAUCGAGCUAUACGAAGCUGAAUCCACGUCUUAUAAUGUGAAAUUAAGCGAGCUACAAUCACAGCCAUUCAUGCUACAGAACGAUUUAUGUUCGAGCUGUGAGCUCAAGCUAGAAUUUCCACUGAUACAUUUUAAGUGCAAGCACUCCCAUCACCAGCGCUGCUUAAGCGAAAACACCUACAUUCCAGAUACUAACAAUUCGUCCAGCGACCCACGUUGUCCAUUGUGCGCUAGUGAAAUUCAAAAUGUCCAAGCGAUUCGUGAAAAUCGACAUCGAGCAAAUACUGAGUACGAUACAUUCAAGAUGAAGCUUGAUGAGUCGGAUGAUAGAUUCAAGGUGAUAUGUGAGUAUUUGGGGCGCGGGGCCAUGGAUUAUGAAAUCUGCUAA